GUGUCAGCAUCUGUGCCCUCUGUGUCCUCCCAGCUGUUCUUUAACAUUCCUGGGAUUCCGGAGCCGCCGGGAAUGACGCAGGCGGAGCUGCGGCUCUGCUCCCUCCUGCUCCAGGAGCACUUCGGGGAAAUCGUGGAGAAAGUCGGGAAUUCUCUGCUCCGGACGGGACCGAGGCCGCUGCGGCUCCUGGUGGGGGACACCGGGCUGCUCCCGGAUCAGGUGAAAAAAGCCCUUUGUGUCCUAAUCCAACACAACCUGGUGCGGUACGAGGUGCAGCCCCGGGGCUCUGUGGAAUAUGAGGCACGGAGCGAGCGGAUCCUGCGGAUCCUGCGUUACCCCCGCUACAUCUACACGGCCAAGACACUCUACGGGGACCCGGGGGAGCUGCUGGUGGAGGAGCUGCUGCUUCACGGGCACCUUCCCAUGAGCUCUGCUGUGGCCAGAGUCGCUAAUCGCCUCACUGAAACCAUGGAAGAUGGCAAAACCAUGGAUUACAGCGAAGUUUCCAACACGUUUGUGCGCCUGGCAGACACCCACUUCAUCCAGAGGUGCCCGACUGCCCCAGAAAGCCCCAGGAACACCAAGGCACCGCCACCCCCUGCACCAACCCUGGCCAUUGCAGAGAAGGACAUGUACACCGUGCCUCGGCUCAGCCUCCACGGGAAAGGGAAGAGGAGACACUCGUGUGACGAGGACGAGGAGAGGGAGCACAAGGCCAAAAAGCAGAAGCAGGAGGGAGGAAACUCAGAGACUCCCCCAGAUGAUGGCAUUUACUGGCAGGUCAACCUGGAGCGCUUUCACCAGCAUUUCCGUGAUCAGGCCCUGGUCAGUGCCGUGGCCAGCAGGAUGGACCAGGUGUGUGUGGCUCCCACCUCCAUUCCCACUCUGGAACUGAGCUCUUCCCACUCCAAUCCCUGUUUUUUUUUCCCCCCAAUCCAGACCAGCAGUGAGGUGGUGCGGACGAUGCUGCGCAUGAGCGAGGUGACCACAGCCUCGGGUGCAUCCCACACUCAGCCCCUCUCCUCCAAUGAGAUAUUCCGAGCUCUUCCAGCUGGAUACAACAUUGGGAAGCAGGUGCUGGAUCAGUACCUGGCACUCCUGGCUGAUGAUCCGCUGGAGUUUGUUGGGAAGUCAGGGGACAGCGGCGGGGGCACCUACAGCGUCAACCUGCACAAGGCCCUGGUGUCGCUGGCCACAGCCACGCUGGAAUCCAUUGUGGAGGAGAGGUUUGGCUCCCGUUGUGCCAGGAUAUUUCGCCUGCUCCUGCGUAAGAAGCACCUGGAGCAGAAGCAGGUGGAGGAUUUUGCCAUGAUCCCAGCCAAGGAAGCCAAGGACAUGCUCUACCGGAUGCUCUCAGAGAACCUGGUGUCCCUACAGGAGAUUCCCAAGACUCCAGACCAUGCUCCAUCCCGCACCUUUUACCUGUACACAGUCAACGUGAUGGCUGCUGCUCGGAUGCUGCUUCACAGAUGCUACAAGAGCGUGGCUAACCUGAUGGAGCGAAGGCAACACGAGAUGAGGGAGAACAAGAGACUCCUAGAGAAAUCCCAGCGUGUGGAGGCCAUUCUGGCCUCCAUGCAGGCCACGGGGGCUGAGGCAGCUCAGCUGCACGAGGUGGAGGAGAUGAUCACAGGUCCCGAGCGGCAGCAGCUCGAAAACCUCAAACGCAACGUCAACAAGAUUGAUGCCAGUGAGAAUCAGGUGGAUGAGACCAUCUUUGUGCUGGAGUCGUUCAUCGAGAGCACCAUGAAGAGGCCCUGAGGGGACAGGGACAAGGACAAGGACAAGGACAUGGAUGGAGACAGGAACCAGCUGCCCCUUCCCACAGUGCUCGUGCUGCUGAGGAGGAUAAAGCAG